AUGGCUAGCCAGGGUGUCAACGUGAGUCGCCAUCCCCCGAAAGGGCCGACACGCUCGCCCCCCCAAAUUGCGAAAUCGGAUGUUAACCACCCAUCCCAAUUGCAGGUCCUCCGCUACUCCGCCCUUGUGGCUGGUCUCGUCUACGGUGUUUACCACCAGUCCUCCAUUAACUCCCAGGCCAAGCGCGCAGAGAUCGAGCACGAGUACACCCGCAAGGAGCGCCUGAUCGAGCAGGCUAAGGCCGAGUGGAAGAAGAAGACCCAGCCCCAAGAGGCCCAGACACAAGUCUCUGGAUUGAUUACCGAUCCCGAGAACCCCAAGUUCGACCUCGAGGCCUUCCUGCAGGCCAAGGCGGCCGCCAACCCUUAA